UUCUUCGUGCGAGACGAUCACGAUCCAAAACAGCAGUGAAAAGACAAAUAAUACCAUCAAUCAGCAUUAUUUGUUCCUCAAGGCACUGGGACAAGCCUCGCUGAAAACAGAAAGAGAUACCAGUCUUCGCUCAGGAUAGAGGAUCACGUACUUCCUUGCCAUUCAGUAUAUUGGGUUCAAACAAGAAAUGGCCGCUGUAUUUGAAUACACGGAAGAGCAGCUAAAUUACUUCAGGAUUUGUUACGUUGUCACUGAUAUUAUAACAGAGGGUCUGCGAACAAUCUUUAAACAAGAAUGGGACAGUCGCCACAAGACAAGACUAGGAGAAUGGAAUGAUCAACCUAAAAAUGGACUGGACUUUUGGAAUGGGGAGUCUCCUAAGAGGAGAAGCAAAAACGCUCGGCUGUUAUCAAUCAUGAGGAAUGGCGAUAGAGCUGAUUGGGAUUGUACCAUGCUGUUUUACGCUAUUCGUUUUUCAGAUUGUAUCCACGGUCUCAAUUCAGUGGUUCGAUCAAACAUAGAUGAUCUAAGAAAUACUCGGAAUGAAAUCGCACAUGACGAAGCAGGCCAACUCUCUGACGGAGAUUUCAAUUUUGUUAUAUCGCGGGUGAAAACUGCAUUCGUCGCCCUCGGUCUUCCCACAUUAAAAAUCGAUGAAGUCCAAAAUCAAACAACCUUCCCCACAGAGGAGUUAAGUGCAGUUUUAAGGGAGGUUAACAACCUGAGACAAAAACUUAAAGAGAAGGAAAAGGAACUUCAAGUAAAAGAAGAACAGAGGCUUGCCUUGCAAGAACAGUUACACGCAGAUGUCUCUCCAUUUUGCAUUCUCCCUCCUAAACCAACACACGACAUCGCUGCUCGAGAAUCUGAAGUUGAUGAAAUUAUGCGAAACCUGCAAACAUUAAAACGCACCGAUGAUGGGAUGAGCAUACUGUAUUUGUCAGGAAAUCCAGGAAGUGGCAAAUCUCAGCUGGCCCGUUUAGCAGCCAAGCGAUUCUACGACGAAGUCAAAGAAACACCUUCCGCAGCUUCAUUUGUCAUGACACUGAAUGCUGAAAGCCCAGAAACAAUUUUGAAUUCGUAUGUCGUAAAACGAGUUGAGCUGGGCAAAACAGAUCAAGCAAAAGACUACCAUAAUCAUGCACUGGAGAUUCGUCUAAAGAAGCUGGGACCUGAUCAUGUUGAUGUUGCAGGCUCUUACAACAAUCUAGCCUCUUACAAUAAUCUGGGUAAUUUACACAGUAACCUGGACAAAACAGAUCAAGCAAAAGACUACUAUAAUCAUGCACUGGAGAUUUAUCUGAAGAAGCUUGGACCUGAUCAUGUUAAGGUUGCAAACUCUUACAACAAUCUGGGUAAUUUACACAGUGACCUAGGCGAAACAGAUCAAGCAAAAGGCUACUAUAAUCAUGCACUGGAGAUUUAUCUGAAGAAGCUUGGACCUGAUCAUGUUAAGGUUGCAACCUCUUACAACAAUCUGGGUCGUGGCAGUACAGACCCUACAGCGUUCGGUCCAUUCAAACCCAAUGAGGGCCAAUAUGCCCCAAGACAGUUUGAGCAACCGAUCCUUCAAGAAGCUGUUAUCGAGUACAUCAAAGCAGUAGAUGACGAUUUUGAAGAUGAAUGUAUAUGUUCUUACAACAGUCUGGAUAGUUUACACAGUGCGCUGGGCGAAACAGAUCAAGUAAAAGACUACCAUAAUCGUGCACUGGAGAUUCGUUUGAAAAGGCUAGGACCUGAACAUGUUAAUGUUGCAGGUUCUUACAACAAUCUGG